AAUGGGGUCAGGUCACUGGAAACUGAGUGGCCACUGUUCUUACAUGCAGCAGGGACGCUCCAGAUUCUCCCAUUCCCUGUGAAUUCCCUGAUAACUGUUGCCUUUGCUCAUUUAUGGAGCUGGCCUGGCCUAGGUCCCAGAGGUGGAAGGACACCUUUGGGAGUGUCCUUGGAGUGCCACACUGAAGUGGGCUUCCUAGGUACCCGUGUAUUAGAAAUCUGAGAGCCAGGGAAGAGACCUGGGGCCCCCCACAUCCAAUACCAGCUGUCCCUGCAUCCCUGAAGUUUUAUGGAUUGAAAGCUGAUCUCCGCUGGGAAGAGAAGCCCUGGAGUGCCUCCAGGACUUUUGUCUCCCCUCCUGGAGGGUCUUGUGUCUCCUGAAUAACCCAGGAACCCUCCUCUGGACUUUCGGGCUAUGGGCAGGCAUGUGCUAUAGCAGCCAUGGCACCAACUUUUGGAGCUCCUUCCGUGGCCUCUGUUGGUCUGGCCUCUGACACCACAGAGCAGAACUCUGCCUUAGAAGGGGGUCAUUGGCAGCACUGGGGAGUUGGUAGAGGGAGGAGGAGGGCAGGAAGCAGAGAAGGAGUUACUGAGCCUUCUUCUGGCUCUGCUUUGUAGGUUGAGGAAAUUGUGGAGGGCAUCUUUGAACGGCUCAAGUCGCAGCUGGAGCCCAGCACAAAGGAGGAGGUUGUGCGGGCCAUGUGCUCGCUGGCAGGCACCAACACCCGCACCGUUGUGCCCAUGCUGCUUAACAAGCCCCUGCCUUGGGACAGAACCAACCUAGUCCUGUGGAAGGUGUUUGGCACCCAGCAAGAGACCACACUCAGCGUCCUGCGGAUGCUCAUAGGCAUCCUGGAAAAUAACCAACCCAAACAGGAAAGCAAGGAGAUGGCCUUCCAGCCGGUGGCGGUGACAUGUGCCUUGUGUGAGAUGCUUUCAGGGUCUCAGUGCCAGGAAGCUGUCCAGGAAUUCUACCCACGGUUGUUGCUGGCUGUGCUAAGUCAUCUCUACUGGGUGAUUGAGCAAAAUGCUCCCCAGAAGAUGGUGGUAUACAGCAGAGAGGGGGUCCAGGGCAGCAAGAACAAGCCCUUUGACCCCACUAGGUAAGCUGAACCCCCAAGUGAUGGAGGAAUGACACCAGUCAAUUCCUGAGGGCCCUGGACAACUAGAUGCUGAACUGUUGAAGAAGGGAGAUGAAAUAUGGGUGUGGGUGCUGCAGCGUUGUGCACUACAAUAUUCUCACAUAUUUUCAAUUCUUUAUGAUGGUACUUAUCCAUUAACCUUUUUAUUGUGUGCCCUCUUCUACCGACUCACACACCUGUUCACAUCCGUGUUCAUAACCCUAAGACAUGAAGAGAUUUAAUGAGAUGGUAAACACGAGGGCCAGGGCUGUGUCUAUGCCAUUCCCUCCAUGUAGUUUGGG